AUGGAUUUACUACAACAGCUCCUUCUCCUCCUGUGCGCCCUCCACCUCACCUUGACUGGAGUGUUGAGCAAAAACAUAGAUCACAGAAACCUGUUCACACAGAGAAUGUGCUGCAAACGACAGAGCCACUUCGUCUACAUUGGACAAGACAUCUCUGGGAGUCCUGUCAGUGUGGAUGUGGGGAUGUGCAGGUCUCACUGUGGGGGAGCAGUCAGGCCCUCACGUGAACCAGGACAGCAGGAGUACUCAAAACACGGCUCAAUGCUGGAAUUCCUCAGGAGCAAAAAAGGGAAAACACGCAGACCCUCACCUCCAGAGAGCCCGGAGCCCCUGAACCAGCUGCCCUCCUGCGGGAUGAACCAGGUGUGUGAGCCGACCGGGAUGCGCGUGGACCGGGUGCUUCUGUUCGAGGGACCCCGGGAGGUGGAGGUGAUCCAGGAGUGUCACUGCGAGGUCAAAGUGAACCAGUGCCUCCGCCUGCCCGCACUCAAGACCUAUUACUCCGACUCACCGUACGAGGCAGUCAUCGACGUGGGAGGAUGCUCCAGGUCCAAAGGCUCACCAGAGGGAUUCUCCUGCGUCCCCACUAAAUUCGACUCAGCCUUGGUGGAGACCCCAAACAAAGUGGACCUCAUCCAGACCGUGGUGGGAUGUGACCUGAAGGAAAGCUGCUACAGGGUCCCAUACGUGGAGUAUUACUAUGAAAUAGUACAGCAUGCAGAUGGAGUCAAAGAAGAACGGCUCAAAGAAAUAGAUGUGGGCAGAUGUUUGGGAGGCUGCACUACAGGAAAACGAUGUCUUCUCAGGAGUCCAUCUGAUCCAGAAAUCUGCCACUUGUGGGCGGACGGAGAGUCCAGUUCCUGUGUUCCUCUGGGCUACGAGAGCCACAGCUUCCUCAACCAGCACGGACAGAUCCGCACGGUUCACUCCAUCACCUCCUGUCUGUGCCAAAACUGAACACUGCCUUCCCAUCGGGGGGAUCAUUCUAACCGUCAGAGGCCGGAGUCUAUCGCUGAUCAAAUACUGAACUUUUUUUUAUGAACUCCCCACCCUAAAGUAUUAUUGUAUUAUAUGUAAUAUAUGUAAAAAUGAUAAUUUUGUAAAUAAAUUUAAUACAACAAUCUGUGACAAAUUGUGCAAUACUUGUUCUCUUUCAAAAUCAAAUGAAACUUAAAAGAACUUUGGAGAGGUUUACCUGAUGUUACUAAAUAAAAACAGAUU